GUGUGUUGCUUGAACGCCAUAACACCGUAUCUGAGCGGGCACGACAGUAAAUGUGACAUAAAGGCAUUUCCUUCCACCGAGCCUUCCGCGUAAAGACGCCGCACACGGGGAUUAAAGAUCCGGUGAAAGGGGGGACGGUUGGACCCGAGUGAGAGCCCGCAAAUCUGCGUCAGAGGCCGGGACAGCACCGGAAGCGUGGUGUGGUGUCGGGUGUAACUUGACACCGGGCCGGGGCGGGCGCAGUAUGCGGAGCAGCUGAUGCUCUUCUGCUGGGGGGCUAAAAAUAAUCAACUUUUCCCAGCCCAACUCUCUGUAUUGUGUUUCUGUGACUCUUCUUUCUUUUUCUUCUGUCUGUUUUCUUUCUUUUCUUUUUAAAAAAAUCAAAUAUAUCCAGACAUCAGGAAUGAAACAGAGUCCUUAAGGAUUAUUACUUUUCUCCGAGAUUGACUUGAGGCUCGCGUGGAGCGGCCGGGCGGUGGCAUGGCCCUGUCGUUUUGCGGCAACGACAACGGUACUAAUGCCUACAGCGUGAACGGCGGCGUGCUGAACAAUGGCUGCUUCGUGGACGCUCUCAACCUGGUCCCCCAUGUCUUCCUGCUCUUCAUCACCUUCCCCAUCCUCUUCAUCGGUUGGGGCAGUCAGAGCUCGAAGGUCCAGAUCCAUCACAACACAUGGCUCCAUUUCCCCGGACACAACCUGAGGUGGAUCCUCACUUUCUCGCUGCUGUUCGUCCACGUCUGCGAGUUCGCGGAGGGCAUCGUCUCCAACAAUAGGAUGAUGGACACCAACCACCUCCAUCUCUUCAUGCCGGCCUUCAUGGGCUUCAUAGCAGCCACGACGUCGGUGGUUUACUACCACAACAUAGAGACGUCCAACUUUCCCAAACUGCUGCUCGUCCUGUUCAUCUACUGGGUGCUGGCGUUCUUCACCAAGUCCAUCAAGCUGUGGAAGUUUGCAGAGUACAAAGUCGGACCACAGCACCUGAGGUUCUGCAUCACGGCCCUGUUAGUGCUCCUGUACGGGCUGCUGAUGGCCGUGGAGAUCAACGUCAUCAGAGUCAGGAAAUAUGUGUUCUUUGCCAACCCACAAAAGGUGAAGCCACCUGAAGAUUUACAGGAUUUAGGGGUUCGCUUCCUGCAGCCGUUUGUCAACCUUCUGUCCAAGGCGACAUAUUGGUGGAUGAAUCCUCUCAUCAUGGGAGCCCACAAGAGGCCGAUAGAGCUGAAGAAGAUCGGCAAGCUGCCCAUCGCCAUGCGAGCCCUCACCAACUACCUGCGGCUCAAAGACGCCUACGAGGAUCAGAGGACGGCUGAGGAUCCGGAUCGCGCCCCGUCAAUCUGGCGCUCCAUGUAUCGAGCGUUCGGUCGUCCCAUCCUGCUCAGCAGCACCUUCCGAUAUCUGGCCGACCUGCUGGGCUUCGCCGGGCCGCUCUGCAUCUCCGGCAUCGUGGAGCACCUGAAAGCUGACGGUGACGUUGCAGCGCCAGCCAAGAACAAGGAGACGUAUUUCGGCGUGUACUUCAUGUCGUCCACCGAGCUGCUGCAGAACACUUCGGUCCUGGCCGUGCUCCUCUUCCUGGCUCUGAUCCUGCAGAGGACCUUCCUGCAGGCUUCGUACUACGUCACCAUAGAGACGGGCAUCAACCUGCGGGGAGCGCUGCUGGCAAUGAUUUACAACAAAAUCCUGCGUCUGUCCACCUCCAACAUGUCGAUGGGGGAGAUGACGCUGGGGCAGAUCAACAACCUGGUGGCUAUCGAGACCAACCAGCUGAUGUGGUUCCUCUUCCUCUGCCCCAACCUGUGGGCCAUGCCUGUCCAGAUUGUGAUGGGAGUCAUCCUGCUUUACUAUUUGCUGGGCUGGAGUGCUUUGAUUGGAGCGUCGGUCAUAGUUCUGCUGGCUCCGGUCCAGUACCUCAUAGCUACGAAGCUGGCAGACACGCAGAAAAGCUCACUAGAACACUCGACAGAUCGCCUGAAAAAGACCUCCGAGAUCUUGAAGGGCAUAAAGCUGCUGAAGCUGUACGCCUGGGAGAACAUCUUCUGUGACAGCGUGGAGGAGACCAGAGGCAAAGAGCUCACCAGCCUCAAGACGUUCGCUUUCUACACCUCCAUGUCCAUUUUCAUGAAUGCUGCCAUUCCCAUCGCUGCCGUCCUCGCGACGUUCGUGAUGCAUCACUUCCUAAAUAAAACCGGUCCCAGUCCCUCUGAGGCCUUCGCCGCUCUGGCGUUGUUCCACAUCCUGGUCACGCCUCUCUUCCUGCUCUCCACGGUCGUCAGAUUCGCCGUCAAAGCUCUGGUCAGCGUCCAGAAGCUUGGCGAGUUUCUUCAGAGCGACGAAAUCGGAGACGACAGCUGGAGGAACGGAGACAUGCCGAUUUCAUUCGAAGCUGGAAAAAAACACUUUGGGAUGACUAAAGCCAUCAACAGGAAGCAGCCAAUACGCUACCAGAUGGACAACUACGAGCAGCCGACCAGGCGACAGAUGAGACCCACGGAGACGGAGGAUGUGGCUGUAAAGGUGAUGAAUGGAUUCUUCACCUGGGGAAACAACCUGUCCACGCUGUCGGACAUCAACAUCCGCAUCCCCACAGGUCAGCUGACAAUGAUUGUGGGUCAGGUGGGUUGUGGGAAAUCCUCGCUGCUGCUGGCGAUGCUCGGCGAGAUGCAGACCAUCGACGGGAGAGUCUACUGGAGCAAGCCGCCUGAUUGUGAGAUGGCCCACGAAGGGAUCAUCAGUUGGUCAGAGACAGACGAGUCUGAUGAAGACAUCAGGAGCAAGAACAGAUACUCCGUGGCCUACGCUACCCAGAAGUCCUGGCUGCUCAACGCCACGGUGGAGGAAAACAUCACGUUUGGCAGCCCGUUCAACAAACAGAGGUACAAAGCCGUGAUCGACGCCUGCUCUCUGCAGCCCGACAUCGACCUGCUGCCUUUUGGAGACCAAACUGAGAUUGGAGAGCGAGGCAUCAACCUGAGCGGAGGUCAGCGACAGAGAAUCUGCGUGGCCAGAGCUCUCUACCAGAACACCAACAUCGUCUUCUUGGACGACCCCUUCUCGGCGCUGGACAUCCACCUCAGCGAUCACCUGAUGCAGGAGGGGAUCCUCAAGUUUCUGCAGGACGAUAAACGGACCGUGGUCCUGGUCACGCAUAAACUGCAGUACCUCAUACAUGCAGACUGGAUCAUCGCGAUGAAGGACGGCUCUGUGCUGAGGGAGGGGACCCUGAAGGACAUUCAGACUCACGAUGUCGAGCUUUACGAUCACUGGAAGACGCUGAUGAACAGACAAGACCAGGAGCUGGAGAAGGACAUACAGCAGGACAGUCAAACGACACUAGAGAGGAAAACACUGAGGAGAGCUUUCUACUCCAGAGAGGCCAAGAACCAGGUGGACGACGAGGACGAAGAGGAAGAAGAGGAGGAGGAAGAUGAUGACAACAUGUCCACGACCACUAACAGAAGAUCAAAGAUCCCAUGGAGGGUGUGCUGGUGUUACCUGUCGUCCGGCGGCUUCUUCAUGGUCUUCCUCAUGGUGUCCUCGAAACUUCUCAAACACUCCGUCAUCGUUGCCAUCGACUACUGGCUGGCUCUGUGGACUUCCUACAAAACCAACCAGAGCGUGGGAGCGUCGAACGGAACCAGCCUGGCUUACGACCCCAAGGGCACGCAGCCUACGCCCGGUGACGGAGACGCCGAGGCCGACUCGUACCAUCUGCCGGUGUUCAUCAUCCUGUGUGCGGCCGGUAUCACGUUGUGCCUCAUCACCUCUCUCACCGUCGAGUUUCUGGGUCUUUCCGCAGCCACCAACCUUCACCACAACCUGCUCAACAAGAUCAUCCACGCCCCCAUCAGGUUCUUUGACAUCACCCCUCUGGGUCAGAUCCUCAACAGAUUCUCAGCUGAUACCAACAUCAUAGACCAGCACAUUCCUCCGACGCUGGAGUCGCUGACGAGAUCCACGCUGCUCUGUCUGUCGGCCAUCGGCGUCAUCUCCUCCAUCACUCCCAUCUUCCUCAUCGCCCUGGUUCCUCUGGCGGUCGCCUUCUACUUCAUCCAGAAGUACUUCCGGGUGGCCUCCAAGGACCUUCAGGAUCUCGAUGACUCCACACAGCUUCCUCUGCUGUGUCACUUCUCUGAGACCGCUGAAGGUCUCACCACUAUCAGAGCGUUCAGGCACGAGGCUCGUUUCAAACAGCGUAUGCUCGAGCUCACGGACACCAACAACACGGCCUACCUGUUCCUGUCUGCCGCCAACCGCUGGCUGGAGGUCCGAACGGACUACCUCGGAGCAGUGAUCGUGCUCUCAGCAGCAGGAGCCGCCAUCUGGAGUUUACACUACGGUCUGCUUCACAAAGGUCUGGUGGGGCUCGGACUCACCUACGCCCUCACUGUCACCAACUACCUGAACUGGGUUGUGAGGAAUCUGGCAGACCUGGAGGUCCAGAUGUCAGCCGUGAAGAAGGUCAACAGCUUCCUCAGCACGGAGUCGGAGAACUACGAAGGAUCUAUGGACGCCUCUCAGGUACCUGAGAACUGGCCCCAGGAAGGUGAGAUAAAGAUCCAGGACCUGUGCGUGCGAUACGACCCCAUGCUCAAACCGGUGCUCAAACACGUCAACGCGUACAUCGAACCAAGCCAGAAGGUGGGGAUCUGCGGUCGCACGGGCAGCGGGAAGUCCUCGCUGUCGUUGGCCUUUUUCAACAUGGUGGAUAUUUUUGAAGGGAAGAUCAUCAUCGAUGGGAUCGACAUCUGUAAACUUCCUCUGCAGACUCUCAGGUCUCGACUCUCCAUCAUACUCCAGGAUCCCGUGUUGUUCAGUGGAUCAAUCAGGUUUAAUCUCGAUCCAGAGAGGACGUGCACUGAUGAUCGACUCUGGGAGGCGCUAGAGAUCGCUCAGCUGAAGAACAUGGUGAAAGCUCUGCCUGGAGGACUAGAUGCGGUCGUGACGGAAGGUGGAGAAAACUUCAGCGUUGGUCAGCGGCAGCUUUUCUGUUUGGCCCGAGCUUUUGUCAGAAAGAGCAGCAUCCUCAUCAUGGACGAAGCCACGGCGUCUAUAGACAUGGCCACGGAAAACAUCUUACAAAAAGUUGUGAUGACGGCGUUUGCUGACAGAACGGUCGUUAUAAUCGCACACCGCGUCCACACCAUCCUAACAGCCGAUCUGGUCAUUGUGAUGAAGCGAGGGAACAUUUUGGAGUACGACAAACCUGAGACUCUUUUGGAGCAAGAGGACGGGAUGUUUGCCUCGUUCGUCAAGGCUGACAUGUAGUCACGCAUACAGCCAGUCCAACAGCUGACAGACUGAUCAGUCGGUUGAUCUUCUUUUCACGUAGAAUUGUUUCUUAAUGAGGCUGAAAGGCCUCUGUGAUUCUACAACAGUGAAGCCGAUAAUACACCGUGUUUCUGACCGAGAAGCUUCUUUGUGUAUUCAGUGGAAAGAAAAACAGAUCCGGAAACACCAUGGAUCAUCAGUUGAUAUGUUUGAAAAGUUGUACUUGAAUCAUUUAGUCAGUCAGCCAAUGAAAUACUUUUGCCUUUUACAACAGUUACCAGUUCCAUUGAUCAUUUUAUCAAAUUGGAAAUGAGCAAAUACACAAAACAAUGGAGAAGUUCUUCGAUCAUUGACCUUUAAACAACCUGGAUUAAAAGAACAGAGUUAGAAUAGAAAUGUGAAAGAAAGUUAAAUUAAAUAUCUUUCUUGUGAUUUUCGACUGUGAAUAUCGAAAAGAUGAGGCUGGAUUUAUUCUGUAUUUUUCUUGUUGUCAACAAAUCUCCUGAAAAGACGACAACAACAACAACAACGACGUGUGAGUCGGUUUCUCAACUUUCUGACUUCCUGCCUGAGGUUUUUGUUUUGAUCUUUUCAUGAGAUUCAUUGACAAUAAGAAAAAUCUCCGGACGUAUGACUUAAGUUCUGUUCUUGGCUGGGACGAUAAGCAUCGAUAGGCAUAUCCUUUAAAAUCAGUCCCAGCCUGUUAAGUGAUUGUAUCUUUGGAUGUUUAUUGGAUAGUUUGAACCUUUCAUGUCCUUUUUAAGUUGAUUGAACUUCUAAAGUCUUUAAUUAUGUUUGUUACAUUUAUUUUAAACUUGUGCACAACGCGUAUCCGUUUUAUUACUCUCUAACACUUGUAUUAUGCAACAAUAAGGAAGGCAGACGCUUGUAUUUAAAAUCCUUUUUUUAAAAAGUGAAUGUUUCUGUGCUCUGUCUCACUGUAAAGGAUUUUAAAUCCAAAUAUUUUAGACCCUGCUGUAGCGUGUGCUACAGUUUUAUUUUGUUAAGUUCUGCCACAGAAGUAAAACUGAUAGAAGUGACGCUGUUGUUGUUGCUGUCAGAAAGCAGUUUUUAAAAACACAAACUGUAGAGAUCAUGCCAGAAGUUGGAGAAGAACCGGAUCUCUUAGCUACAACUUUCAUUCCCAAA